AUGUCCUCCGAGUCUACUACUUAUUGUGGUGACCGAGCCUUGGCAGCACCAACUGUAGCUGUUCAACCCCUGUUGUCUGGCCCACUCAAUGCCGCAACACCUGCUUCUCCCUCCCAAUCCAAAAAAGUUCAUGUAUCCGAAUCUGCGAUCCCCCUACCUGUUGGCAAGGCUGUACAAAGCAUUUCAAGGUCAACCAGAACUCCCAGAGCUAUUGGUGCUCUUCCAAAACAUAUACCUCCUAAGGUUGGAGGGCUCAUGCAACACUUGAUCAUACCAAAUAUAUCAGAGUCAUGCCAUAGCAUUGCUGCCUACAUGUCUGCCUUCCAGCCAAGCAAAGAUUGUGAUGAUAGCGACACUAAUACUACUGGCGAUGAAUCUACAGACUCUACUGAAGAAGCUAGAGCCAGGCUUGUUUUGGAAGCCUCCAGAGCACAGCGAGAUGUUCGUCUCGCAGAAAAAAGACUUGCAGAUUCCAUCAUCAAGGAGAAUGAUGCACUUGGCAGGCUAUACAAGUUCCAAGCAGGAGAAGUGCAGAAACAGCUCCUGGAUGCUAAUGUCAGCAUUGGUUACACCCGCCAUUCCAUCUGUAAAAGUGAUGAACCAUCAGUAGCCAGCACAGCAAUGCUAAAUUCUUCAAUGUUUGAAUCCGAGCCCACUUAUGACUCGGAGGCAGCUGUAGAUAUUUGA